CUCUCUCUCUCUCUCUCUCUCGCUCUCUCUCUCUCACACACUGUCUGAGUACUCAGGUUUUAUUUCUCUCCUCCUCUUCUUCUCCGGCUCUUGUUAUGACCCAUUUCAGGAGUGACUGCUACCGAGACAGACACACUGGGAUGAACACCGAGCAGAGAGCUGGUCGCACCGCGUCAGCCAAGAGAGGAAGCGAUGCGCCCAUCAGAUCCGACUAUGAGAUCGAAUAUGACAGAUACCCUCAGGACUACUAUAACAGGGUAUUCGACUACCAGCGUGUCCCAUCCUCUGUCCCAGUGGAUCCCAGUCCCAUCAAGAGGCCCCGACCUUCCUCCUCAUCUUCCUCUUCCUCCUCCACAGCAGCUCUGAGGAUGAGGAGAAACAGAGCAUCCAGCAGGUCCAACAAAACACUCAGCCCUGCCUCCAGCAGCAAAAAAGCCAAACUGAAGAUGACAGAGCUUCUGGCCAUAAAGAGGGAGUUGACAGUGAUCAAGGUUCAGAUCGACAGCCUGUUGGACCGUGUGGACAAAAUGGACAGACAGAGGAAGGACUGCUCAGAGUGUCCUCAGAGCAGGGAGCCCAGUGUGUCAGGCUCUCCUCACCGGAGUUCAAUCAGCAGUCUAGAGAGAGAAAGUCCUGAACCAGGAGAGGCCAGCGAGGACGACCAGCUGCCUUACCACCACUACUACCCCCACAGGAUAAAGCGGCAUCAGUCUGAUCUGGAGGACGACCUGUGAUGCUGCAGCUCAGAAACUGACGCUUGAAUUGAUAACAGCUGGGAUAAAAAUGCUACGAGGAGGCGCUGGCGUUAUCAACUUCAGAUCGACCCCACUCCACAUCUGAAUAAGUCACAAUCAUUGAUGCCUUCUUAGUUCUCGUCUCCAUUCCACAGUACAAACAAAAUCCCACGUGUACCUGAUCUGAUGCUCCAUGCUAACAUAUCGACACAUGGGACGCAGUAACUAAAUGUAUAUGUUCCCUGUAAAGCACCAUAGAGGAUGUCCUACCUUUCAGGCAGCCAUUAAGUCAACUACAGUAUUGGCAGUUAUUUUAUUUCCCCCUUGCAUAUUGAUGCGAUUAAAGAUGAUCCAGCAUCUUAAAAUGUUUACCUUCCCAAAAGUAUCGAAUUCAUGAGCUAUGUUUGCCAGAUUUUCAGUUGUCACACAUGCACCUGAUUAUAAAAUCUGCUACAGCAACCCAUUGAGGCCAAAAGUAUGUACUAUACAGUACACACAUAGACUAUACGAUGUUUACAGUAUGACCAAAAAAACAACAGAAAAUAUUCAAAUUGGUCUUGUUUAUUCCUCUAAACAGUUGCUGCCCAUGUUGUGCUCCAUUCAGACCUAUGUUAAUAAAGUAAUUGUGGCAGCAGCUGGCAGCUGGCAGCUCCUAAUCACAGUUUAUUUUCAUCAGAUCUGUGGUUAUUAUGUGUAACCAGCUGUGUACAGGACUGCUUUACCGUUCUGGAAUUAAGGCUCAGUAAGCACGCUUUUACAAAUCCACUCAGGAAAUCAGUCAUAAACUGAUAGACUAUCAAUUUCCAAUAAGGAUAACUUUACCACAUCAUUUUUGGCAACCAAUAUAUUGCUCUAUCCCACUGUCAAAUGAUGAUGUACUGACUGCACUGACAACUUAAGCCUGUGUACAUACACAUACAUAUUCUAAUCUCAAAACACUAUUAUCUUUUGUUGAGUUGCUUCUAGGGUUGCAAAAUUCCAGGAAUAUUCAAAGAUGGAAACUUUCCAUGGGAAUUAACGGGAAUUAACAUAAAUAUAAACAUUUGUUUUGUCAUAGGCUGAUUUGAGCCCUGAGGAAACUUUGGGCACUUGACUAUAUGAUUCUGGAUCUGUGUCAUUCUUAACAUAGGUCUUUGCAUCGUAUUUGCAAAUGUACACAGCCUUUCCUUCUACAUUGGCUAGGGUGAAAUGUCUCCACACAUGAGAUAGUGCACGUAGAAUUGUUCUGUAGAAUAAGAUGAGAAAAAAGCUUGUAAAAAAACACUAAUGCAAUGCCAGAGAUAUAAAUAGUUGGCCAAACAAUUGGAUUCGUCUUUAAAAAUAUUUUACAAUUGAUGGAUAAAUGAAUAGAAAGAGGGUAGAUGGACAGAUGAACAAUCCUCAAUCAGCAUGUUAAUAUAUUUUCCCCAGUAAUAUCAUCGAAGCUUACCUGACUAGUCCUGCACACUACAGCUGGCCUCAAUAGCGCUGCUGUAGUGUGCAGGAUGCUGGGAAUUAUCUGCACAAGUGAUGGAGAAAUGCACAGUGCAGGGUUGCAAUUCACCGAGCAGCAUGUGCUGCAUUCCAUACAUCUUUAAUAUAGAGUUUUGAAUGAUGUUUUUUUUGCUCAGCGUUUAAUUUGCGUAUAUAUAUAUUUUUUUUUAAUCCCCCAAAUUCCCGAGCUGAAUAUUCCCAUGGAAACGUUUCUGAAAAUGUACCGGAAAGUCUCUGCCCCUUUGCAACCGUAGUUGCUUCCAAUAUAUUUGAUUUGCAUUGUUGGACAUGAUUUUAUUUUCAACAGAUUGUGGGUGACUGACUUUGCGCCGAGCACAGCCACAAUACGAUGUGUGAAACCAUACAAAGUCCUCUAGCUUCUUUACCCUGCUGGAUUAUAUGGACAACUGUGACCGACUGUAAACCGAAUGCUCAUGUCAAAUAUUUGUCAGUUGGAUAACGAUACUUGAAAAUAUUUAUGUGUACAGUAGUGGCUCUUUAUACUUACACAUUAUUUCAAACUUUAAAAAUAUGAUUAUAAAAUGUUUAAUAAGAAAUUAUGUAACUGGAGGUACUCCAUCAGUUUGGAAAUAUGACAACUCUUCAUUUAGUUUCAUUGUAGUUUCUGCUGUUGAUGUAUUUGUGUUUGUUCAGUUUAUGAAUGUGAUGUAUUUUAAUGUGAGUGUAGGAAAGGUAUUUUUCAUAAAAUAAAGGUGUGUUUUGCCCUU